AUGGAGACGGCGUUCAAUGCGGAGUUCACGAAGCGCUUGGGGGCAGCACAUAGCCUCAAGGCGCAGGGAAACGAUGAGUUUGCGAAGGCUAAUUAUGCAAAAGCUAUUUCUUUUUUUUUAGAUGCAAUCGCGCAACUCCCGCCACGCCCAGAAACCAACCUAGAGGAAAAAGAACUUGGCGCGGACGACACGGCUGACGAGCACAGUACAGCAACACAUACCCCUCCCGAGGUUAUGGAAACUAUUUUGACUGAAGCGGUCUCGCUUGAUGGUCAUCUCAUAACUUCUGAAAUUGUAGAGUUGCGCGUCAAACUCUUUGCAAAUCUCGCUGCGUCGCACCUAAAGCUAGAGCACUACGAAGAGACAAUUAAAGCGGCAACAGAAGUCAUGCACGAGGAUCCAGCGAAUGUAAAAGCUUUGUAUCGCCGCGCCGUAGCAAAGGAGCGGCUUGGCGGCUGGAACCAUUUGAGCAGCGCAUUAGAAGACUACAAACGGCUAGAAAAGCUCGACAAGGAAGGCCGUGUUCCGAAGGCGUCGCGCGCGGAGCUGUAUGCUGCACUAAGAAGAGUGCCUCCUCUUCUUGAAAAUGUGUCUGAGAAGGAGAAGAAAGAAAUGAUGGGCAAUCUAAAAACGCUGGGCAACAGCUUCCUCGGCUACUUUGGUCUCUCCACCGACAAUUUCCAAAUGCAAGAACAGGAAGGGGGAGGUUAUUCGCUUAAUUUUGUGCGCUAA